CUGGAUAGAGAUAUCAAUUUGUCUGCAGUCUAACAUUGCCCAACAAAGAGACUUGAGAGCUAUCUAUAGAUGUCUUUACAACAAACAGACUGACUGUGGUCUCUUGAAUUGCUACCUAUCGAUUACGCUUCAGGAAAGAUUCAAGAUCCCUGAGAACAGGAAUGAGAGCAGCUACAGUUUUCUACACUUGAAAUUUCCUGGCUGAAAAACCUACUGGUCUGUAAGAGGACCAAUAACAGCUCCCUGGGGGACGCCGGGAGCUGGGAGUCAGUACUGAGCUACAGUUUUGAUGUCGGCCCUUGCUUAGUAAAUCAGCAUGAAGCCCCUAACACCAAUCGGAUCCCCUUCUCCUCUGAGGCUCCUCAACAAAGGUCCAGACUACCUACGGAGGCAAAUUGACGGAGGGGGUCACGGACGCUCUAUCAGCGCCGUGGAGAGACUGGAGGCGGAUAAAGCCAAAUAUGUUAAAAGCCAGCAGGUGAUCAACACGAAGCAGGAGCCUGUGCUGAUUCCAUGCGCUACCCCACCGCCCCCACCCCGACGGGCUGGGGUUAUCCCCGGAAACAUAACACCUCACCUCCCCCCACGCCGUUCCUCUAACACACCCUUCUCCACACUGUCAGGCUCUUGCACUUCAAGGGAUGAAAAUGAAAAUGAUGACUCCAGAAAAGAGAACAGACGGACUUCUGUAGACGUGGAGGCACAUAACAGGAGCAAUGUAAACAAUGUGUUGCCACAAAGCCCCAGACCACCUGGAAUUAACAGCUUGGUAGCUCCGCAUAGUGCACCAGUACUGAGAAGGAGUACCGGCAAACGGAUGCUACGACCAGACUCGCUGAUCAUCUACAGGCAGAAAAAAGAGUGCAAGAGCCCCAGUAGUGCAGCACCAGGGGAGAACAACAACGCAGAGGUGAAGGGCUAUAGUUUUGUCCGUCGCCUCUUUCAGGGCUCCAUGAGAGAAAAGAGCAGUGGAAGCGAAGGAAGAUUCCAGAAGAUGGUGAUUGGUGAAGAGAAAGCACCAUCUCGGGACGGAGACUCCCGCAUGUCAUGGACCAAUGAAAAAGACACUCAAGAUGGUGGACCAGGGAGCAGAAGGUCUAGUAAAACUGAGCAGGAGCGCUCCCCAGGACUUAACCCCAGCCCAGGUUUUAGCUGUGAACAAACUAACAAUGAAUUUACAAAUGGUAACAGCGAUAAAGUUAACAUCACCAACGGCAACCACGAUGAUGAGAACGACCCAUGGAAACGGGCUUCACCGCAAGCGCCCAGGAGGCAGUUUGGAGAGCUGCAGCGUUCCAAGUCAGACCUGCGUCUACGUUGCUCGGUAGCGUUAUCUGAGCAGGAGCAUUUCUUUGACUUCUGUGGUUUAGAUAUGGACAUGAUAGAACGUCUGGGUCGGGAGAAUUUCCUCUCCGGCGCUAGCUCCAUAGAUACGCUUUCGUUGGCACUCCGCAGCAUCGGCGGGGAUGGUUGUGGAGGUUCAGAGCCCAGCGAAUUCUCCCGCCACUCAGGAGAUGGACUGUUUCAGGAGGAACUGGCUGAGCAGCUUCCCACCGGUGUGUCCAUCAUUGAGAGGAAUGCUCGUGUCAUUAAGUGGCUUUAUGGGUGCAAGAACGCUGCCCGCGAAGGACCUAAGGAGUCAACGGUUUAAUCUUUGAGUCUUUGGCGUGGGGUUCAUAGAGUCUGCAAGUGUAAUAUACAAGAACUGGUGAAGUUAGAAAACACCAAGAGCAGGAACUUUUGGAGUAUGUAGUGUUUGGUUCUGCAGACUAUGUUUCAGUGUGAGAUAAAAAUGCGACUCAGAGGAAGAAAUUAUUCUGUUUUUGAACUGUUAGCAGUGAGACAAUGACAAGCAAACAUCCUUUUUUUUUAAACUGCAUAUAUCUUUUGCACUUCAUGGUACAUUGUUACCUGUAUUCACUUGCUUUCUAUGAAUCCAAAGAGACUCUUAAUUUAACUUCGAGGACAGCAACUGCUACAAGUUUUUUUCCUGUCACAUUGAUAUAUUGUAUUUAUAGAUCCUAUGGAAGUAUGUGAGGGUAUGAAGCAAAAUGAUUGGAAAUGGAGUUAAUUUUUCAGAAAAAAAAAGUGUUGUGGUGUCCGUGUGAGAGUGUACGUAUGUAUUUGGGGUGCACAUUGCUGUACUUUCCAUUUGGGGCUUCUUUCACGUAUUAGCCGUGUUCCCAUAUAAUUAUCAAACAAAAGACUAAGACUUUGACAUGUCAUACAAACAAAGACAAUAUGAAUUAGACAUGCUUCCAUCCACUGGGUUGGAGUGAAUAAUUUAGGCUGCGCAGUCAUCAGUAGAUGGAAGUUUAGGCUACAUUGCACAUGACUGUAAUAAACCAAGUAGAAGAAGAGGUUAAAAACAGUCUGUGACUUGUUUUCAUGGAUGAGACUGAGGAAUAAUGUGGUGUCAUCAGUCCAUAUUUGCCUCUUUGUAUUAACAGCUUCUAAGCAUUAUGAGAAUAUGUGAAGGAGAAGGAAACAGCUUCUUCUAAUUCUUAUUCUCUAAAAAUAAAAACAGCUGAUCAGUCAUGAGAUGAAAUGUCCCUAACAUCAGAACAUUUUUGCAAUAGGUGCGUCUAAUUCUUUUUCCAAAAACCAAGGAUCCCUUUAUGGAAACACGGCUAUUGAUGAACCACUGUGUUAAAAUCAGCUCUUCUGAGCCCUCACAAGGCACAUAAAGUGUGUGUUUGUCGUGACACAGCUAUCAUAGAUUAGUGUCCUUGACAACACUCUCCCCAAAUGACUAAUUUAAAAUGGAAAACCACUAAGCUAGGUUUUUUUUUUUUCCAAACUGGAAUCAGUUGUGUGAGAGUGAAGUGAACCGUGAGUACCUCAUUUGGAACUGUCCCAGUUUAGUCUGUAUGUUGCUUUUUUUUUUUUUUUUUUUUUUUACUCCUUAAACGCAGGCGUUGGAACAAACACGCGAGGCACCCCUGUGGGGUUGUUAAUGCACUGAACUGGACAGAGACAGAGGAAAUGGAAACUAGAGCUAUAGAUUUGACUCGACAGAGAUUCAUCUCAUAAUAUUAACACUGAGCUGCAUUCAAGGGAACACCUGCAGAGGGGAGGAUGAAGAGCCACGCACGGCCAGUAUUUAAAAAAAAAAAACAUUAUCAUCUCAUUUUCUGACCCUGAAAGUGGGUCAGUUCUAAUGAAAUAUACACUGUCCAAUAAUCACUUGUGACAUUGUCAUUGAUUUCCACAGAUAAUAUUUAGUCCCUGUCAGUACUCACAGCAUAUGGAAGUUUUAGCGUUAAAAA